CGGAAGUGUUGGUCUGUCACAAAGGCGACAAGACACGUGGAGGAAGUCGCGGCUUUGGUUGGAGCCGGUGUUCGCUGGUAGCCGGGGAGGACCCCGAGCUAUUCCCGCCGCUCCGCUUCAGGGUCUCUCCAAGUGUGGUGGAGGCUCCUGCCACACCAGGGGACCAUGUCCAUCCUAUAUGUCUCUCCUCACCCUGAUGCCUUCCCCAGUCUCAGGGCCCUCAUUGCUGCUCGAUAUGGGGAAUCUGGAUCUGGCCCAGGGUGGGGAGGGCCUCCUCCUCGGGUUUGCCUCCAGCCACCCCCUACCAGUGGAACUUCCAUCCCUCCACCACGUCUGCCAGUCCUGGAGCAGGGACCAGGGGGCCUGAGGGUGUGGGGAGCAGCAGCUGUUGCCCAGCUGCUGUGGCCCGCAGGGAUGGGGGGCCCUGGAGGGAGCAGGGGAGCCACCCUUGUCCAGCAGUGGGUCAGUUAUGCUGAUGGAGAGCUUGUGCCUGCUGCCUGUGGGGCCACACUACCUGCUUUAGGGCUUCGGAACCCAACCCAGGACCCUCAGGCAGCUCUGGGAGCCCUAGGACGGGCACUGGGCCCACUGGAGGAGAGACUCAGGAUGCACACCUAUUUGGCAGGAGAAGCCCCCACUUUGGCUGACCUGGCAGCUGUUACAGCCCUUCUGCUACCCUUCCGCUAUGUUCUAGACCCUCCUGCUCGCUGGGCUUGGGGCAAUGUGAGCCGCUGGUUCAUGACAUGCAUCCAGCAACCAGAAUUUCGGGCUGUGUUAGGGGAAGUGGCCCUGUGCUCAGGGGUACGGCCUGUCCCACAACAACCAGGCUCUGACGCUUCUGGGCCUCCCAAGACUGCAGCCCAGCUGAAAAAGGAAGCAAAGAAGCGGGAAAAGCUGGAAAAAUUUCAACAGAAGCAAAAGAACCAGCUGCAUCAGCCCCCUCCUGGGGAGAAGAAGCCGAAAACUGAGAAGAAGGAGAAACGAGACCCUGGGGUCAUAACUUAUGACAUCCCCACCCCACCAGGGGAGAAGAAAGAUGUCAGUGGCUCCAUGCCCGAUUCCUAUAGCCCCCAGUAUGUUGAGGCUGCUUGGUACUCGUGGUGGGAGAGCCAAGGAUUCUUCAAACCAGAGUAUGGGCGUUCCAGUGUGUCAGAGCCUAAUCCUCGAGGCAUCUUCAUGAUGUGCAUCCCACCUCCCAACGUGACAGGGUCCCUACACCUUGGCCAUGCCCUCACCAAUGCCAUCCAGGACUCACUGACCCGAUGGCACCGAAUGAGAGGAGAGACAACCCUGUGGAAUCCAGGCUGUGACCAUGCUGGUAUUGCCACACAGGUGGUUGUGGAGAAGAAACUAUGGCGGGAGCGUGGGCUGAGCCGCCACCAGCUUGGUCGAGAGGCUUUCCUGCAAGAGGUCUGGAAAUGGAAGAAUGAGAAGGGAGACCGGAUUUACCAUCAGCUAAGGAAGCUUGGUGGCUCUUUGGACUGGGAUCGAGCUUGUUUCACCAUGGACCCUAAACUCUCAGCAGCGGUCACAGAAGCUUUUGUCCGUCUCCAUACUGAUGGUGUCAUUUACCGGAGUACCCGCCUUGUCAAUUGGUCCUGUAGUCUCAACUCUGCCAUCUCUGACAUUGAGGUGGAUAAGAAGGAGCUGUCAGGCCGAACCCUGCUCUCUGUCCCAGGCUAUCAGGAGAAGGUGGAAUUUGGGGUCAUUGUUUCUUUUGCCUACAAAAUACAAGAUUCAGAGAGCAAUGAGGAGGUGGUGGUAGCAACCACUAGAAUUGAGACCAUGUUGGGAGAUGUAGCUGUGGCUGUGCACCCCAACGACCCUAGAUACCAGCACCUUCGGGGAAAGAGUGUUAUGCACCCAUUCCUCCUUCGAAGCCUUCCUAUCAUCUUUGAUGAGUUUGUAGACAUGGAGUUUGGCACUGGCGCUGUGAAAAUCACACCAGCCCAUGAUCAGAAUGACUAUGAGGUUGGGCAGAGGCACAAGCUAGAGGCAGUGAGCAUCAUGGACCACCGAGGCAACCUCAUUAAUGUUCCCCCUCCCUUUCUGGGCCUUCCUCGGUUUGAGGCAAGGAAAGCAGUGUUGGCAGCCCUAAAAGAAAAAGGACUGUUCCGCUCAGUGAAGGACAAUCCAAUGGUGGUACCUUUGUGCAACCGCUCCAAGGAUGUAGUUGAACCCCUGCUUAAGCCCCAGUGGUAUGUGAGGUGCGGGGAGAUGGCCCAGGCAGCCAGUGCAGCUGUGACCCGGGGUGACCUUAAGAUAGUGCCUGAGAUCCAUCAGAAAAUAUGGCACAGCUGGAUGGACAACAUCAGAGACUGGUGCAUCUCUCGGCAGCUGUGGUGGGGUCAUCGAAUCCCUGCCUACUUUGUCACGGUCAACGAUCCUGGAGUACCCCCUGGGGAGGAUCCUGAUGGUCGGUAUUGGGUGAGCGGUCGAAGCGAGGAGGAGGCGAAGGAGAAGGCAGCCAAGGAGUUUGGAGUAUCCCCAGACAAGAUCAGUCUCUCCCAGGAUGAGGAUGUCUUGGACACAUGGUUCUCCUCCGGCAUCUUUCCCUUUUCCAUCUUUGGAUGGCCCAACCAGACGGAGGACCUAAGUAUAUUCUACCCAGGGACCCUCCUGGAGACAGGACAUGAUAUUUUAUUCUUCUGGGUAGCCCGGAUGGUGAUGCUGGGUCUGAAGCUAACAGGGAAACUGCCCUUCAAAGAGGUUUAUCUUCAUGCCCUUGUCAGAGAUGCCCAUGGCCGGAAAAUGAGCAAAUCACUUGGCAAUGUCAUUGACCCCCUGGAUGUCAUCAGUGGGCUCUCUCUGCAGGGACUCCAUGACCAGCUACUGAACAGCAACCUUGACCCUGGUGAAAUGGAGAAGGCCAAGGAGGGGCAGAAGGCAGAUUUCCCCAAUGGAAUCCCUGAGUGCGGCACAGAUGCUCUCAGAUUUGGACUUUGUGCCUACACCUCUCAGGGCCGGGACAUUAACCUGGAUGUGAAUCGAAUCCUUGGGUAUCGACAUUUCUGUAACAAGCUCUGGAAUGCCACCAAGUUUGCCCUGAGGGCUUUGGGAGCUGGAUUUGUACCCUCACCUACUCCCCAGGCCAACAAUCAGGAGAGCUUGGCUGACCGCUGGAUUAGGAGCCGCCUGAGUGAAGCUGUUAGCCUGAGCGACCAGGGUUUCCAUGCCUAUGACUUCCCCACUGUCACUACUGCCCACUACAGCUUUUGGCUCUAUGAGCUCUGCAAUGUCUACCUGGAGUGCCUGAAACCUGUGCUCUCUGGGACAGACCAAGCUGCAGCAGAUACUGCCCGGCAGACCCUCUACACUUGCCUGGAUGUGGGCCUGAGACUCCUCUCACCCUUUAUGCCCUUUGUGACUGAGGAGUUGUAUCAGCGCCUGCCACGUCGGGGGCCCCAUGCCCCACCCAGUCUCUGCGUUACCCCCUAUCCAGAACCCAGUGAGUUCUCCUGGAAGGAUCCUGAGGCCGAGGCCGCUUUUGAGCUUGCACUCAGCAUUACCCGGGCUGUGCGCUCUCUCCGAGCAGAUUACAACCUCACCCGGAGCCAGCCUGAGUGUUUCCUGGAAGUGGCAGAUGAGGCGACAGGAACCCAGGCUUCUGCAGUGUCAGGCUAUGUGCAGGCCCUCUCCAACACUGGAACUGUGACUGUUCUUCUCCCUGGGUCCCCUGCCCCACAGAGCUGUGCUGUGGGCCUGGCCUCUGACCGCUGCUCUGUCCACCUGCAGCUGCAGGGGCUGGUGGAUCCUGCCCGAGAGCUGACAAAGCUCCGGGCCAAACGUGGGGAAGCUGAACGUCAGGCCCAGAGGCUUCGGGAGCGUCGGGCUGUUCCCGACUAUGCCACCAAGGUUCCCUCCCAAGUCCAGGAGUCUGAGGAGGCCAAGCUCCAACAGACAGAGGCAGAACUGAAGAAGGUAGAAGAAGCCAUUGCCCUGUUUGAGAAGAUGCUGUGAGACCUGGAGACAGCUUCUCAACACCCUGACCUCCCAUUAUUGGGUGGAGGGGUGGUGCUGGAGCAAUAAAAUAUUUUGGCACAAA